AUGGGCAACCUCCGGUUCCGGUUAUCGGACAUGAUGCCCAACGCUUGGUUCUACAAGCUCAAAGACAUGAGCAGCGCCGGAGCCACUUCCCACAAGCGCGGCAACGGCAAGAAGUUACACCCGGCAACGCCUCCUCCUUCACAGCCUUCCAAACCAAAGCAACCCCACCACCACCAACAACACUCCUACUCCAGAAAGUCUUACUACUUUACCAGAGACCUUAGCUCCGGUAACCCCAACCACACUGAUAACACACUCCCCAAUUCCCCCUCUAAACUCUCCGAUCACCCUCCUACUCCUAGAAAAUCUUCGAAGCGAAGAGCCGCCGCCAAGACUGCCAGGUCAUCAUCUCCGAAGCUCGUUUCCUCCUCCGUUUCCGCUGGUUGCAGCUGCCGAGCCAAUUGGACUAAAACGGAUUCCCCAGCGGUGGUGGCGGCCGCGGUUCCAGGGGAUCGCUCUGCUUCGCUGUCUGAUUCCAAUUCAGACUCGUUCCCGCCGGAAUUCAGGUCUGAUUGUUCCCUCACUACAGAGUCGUUUGAUAAGAUGGUGUCAUGGUCCAGCAACUCCUGCGGCUGCCCGCUGGACCUGGUUGAUUCCGGCUCCAACGACAUUAUCAUCGACAUCGAUAAGCGCUCUCUCGUCGACCCUGCACACCAAGUGUUUGAAAAACUGCCUGACCGACAACUCCCUCCGAUUUUAACCAAGCCUUCAAGCUUCGACGACAGGAUUGAGGAUAUCAAGAGGAAGGAGACCAGAGAAGUAGUACCCUCCGCAACGAAACAGAGGAGGACCCCGCCUUCGUCGAAGAAAAUGGAAGGCUCCAAAACUCGGGCUUCCUCGCUCUCUGUCAAGGUCACAAGAGAAGAGAGCUUAACAGUGAAACAACAAGGGAGGAAGCUGAAUUCCGCAAAUUCCCCAGGGAUAAAGCUUCGGGUCAACUCUCCGCGAAUCGGGUACAGGAGAAACAUUCAAGGGCAGGGCAGGAAGAGCGUCUCUUCAUCAACCUCGACUUCUUCUUCUUCAAGGUCGUCUUCGAGCAAGAAGAGCCUUUCCGGGUGCUUGGCGGUGGUGAAAUCAUCGUUCGAUCCACAGACGGAUUUCAGAGAAUCGAUGGUGGAGAUGAUCGUGGAGAACAAGCUCAGCGCCUCCAAAGAUUUGGAAGACUUACUGGCUUGCUACUUGUCCUUGAACUCCGAUGAGUACCAUGAGGUUAUCAUCAAAGUUUUCAAGCAAAUUUGGUUCGACUAUCUAACCAAUGCUCGCUCCAAGUGA